GAUUCGUUAAGAAGAUGGUUGUGUCUUUUUCCCUGUCUGCUACUAGCUUGCUAGAACCCUAAAACUCCCUCCCAAAACUCUCCACAUCUUCCGAGAAAGAAGAUGGAGGAGGAUCGUGUUCUCUCAUCUGUUCACUCCACCGUCUUCAAGGAAUCAGAAUCGUUGGAAGGAAAGUGCGACAAAAUCGAAGGAUACGAUUUCAACCAAGGAGUAAACUACCCGAAGCUUCUCCGAUCCAUGCUCACAACCGGCUUCCAAGCCUCAAACCUCGGCGAAGCUAUUGAUGUCGUUAAUCAAAUGCUAGAGUGGAGACUCUCUGAUGAAACUAUAGCACCUGAAGACUGUAGUGAAGAGGAGAAGGAUCCAGCGUAUAGAGAGUCCGUGAAGUGUAAAAUCUUUCUAGGCUUCACUUCGAAUCUUGUUUCCUCUGGUGUUAGAGAGACUAUUCGAUACCUUGUUCAGCAUCAUAUGGUUGAUGUUAUAGUUACUACUACUGGUGGCGUAGAGGAAGAUCUUAUCAAAUGCCUUGCUCCUACUUUCAAAGGUGACUUCUCUCUACCGGGUGCGUAUCUUCGGUCAAAGGGAUUGAACCGGAUCGGGAACUUGCUUGUUCCGAAUGAUAACUACUGCAAGUUUGAGGAUUGGAUCAUUCCCAUCUUUGACCAGAUGUUGAAGGAACAGAAAGAAGAGAAUGUGUUGUGGACGCCAUCUAAAUUGUUAGCACGGUUGGGAAAAGAAAUAAACAAUGAGAGUUCUUACCUUUACUGGGCAUACAAGAUGAAUAUUCCAGUGUUCUGCCCGGGGUUAACCGAUGGCUCUCUCGGUGAUAUGCUGUAUUUUCACUCCUUUCGUACCUCUGGCCUUGUCAUUGACGUAGUGCAAGAUAUCAGAGCUAUGAACGGUGAAGCAGUCCAUGCUACUCCAAGAAAGACAGGGAUGAUAAUCCUUGGAGGGGGCUUGCCGAAGCACCACAUAUGUAAUGCCAACAUGAUGCGUAACGGUGCGGACUACGCUGUGUUCAUAAACACAGGGCAAGAGUUUGAUGGGAGUGACUCUGGUGCACGCCCUGAUGAGGCAGUGUCUUGGGGUAAAAUAAGGGGAUCUGCUAAAACCGUUAAGGUAUACUGUGAUGCUACUAUAGCCUUCCCUUUGUUGGUUGCAGAAACAUUUGCCUCCAAGAGAGAACAAAACUGUGAGCACAAGACCUAAGCCCAAGAAAGCUUACGUCUCAUUUAUCGGUUUGUUCUUCCAUCUUGUUGUUGUACCCUUUGUCCUGCUUUACAUAACAUUCAUCUCUAAAACAAUACUACCUCCUUUUGACAAAAAAAAAAAAUUGGAAAAAAUGGUUUCACAAGAAUAAUAUUUUUAUGUGCUCAAUAAAUUUUGUAUUAUUUAAUGACAGUAAAUUGUUAAUGUUAGAAGAUUAAUCGA